AUGUCCAUCGCCGCGCCCAAGGUCACCGUCGCCGAGAGCUGGCAGCCGCCGGUCUACGAGAAGUCGCCGGAGACGACCAAGUUCCUCACGAAGGAGCUCAGCUCCAUCUUCUUCAUCAAGGCGCUCACGCGGAAGGAGAUCGGCGUCCUCGUCGCCGCGAUGAAGGAGAUCGCCUACGAGCCGGGGUCGGACAUCAUCAAGCAGGGCGAGGAGGGCGACAUGUUCUACAUCGUCGAGGACGGCAUCUGCGACAUCACCGUCGAGGGCGUCGGCAAGGUCAUGGAGAUCCCGUGCCCGUCGAAGGAGGACCCGUCCGUCGAGCGCCGCUUCUUCGGCGAGCUCGCGCUCCUCUACGACGCGCCCCGCGCGGCGACGGUGGCGAGCCGCGACGAGGUCAAGUCCUGGGGCCUGGACCGCACGACCUUCAAGUCCAUCCUCCAGGAGACGGAGGACAAGAAGAUCAUGCUCUACUCCAAGUUCAUCCAGUCCAUCUCCAUCUUCAAGGACCUCACCAUGUCCCAGAUCAACACGCUCUGCAACUCGCUCACGGGCAUGGACUACCAGUCCGGCGACACGAUCAUCAAGGAGGGCGAGGUCGGCCACGACUUCUACAUCGUCGAGACGGGCGUCGCCAACUGCUACAAGACCGUCGACGGCGCCGAGAAGCACGUCUUCACGGUCAACGCCGGCGACUACUUCGGCGAGCUCGCGCUCGUCAACGACGCGCCGCGGCAGGCGACGGUCAAGGCCGCGACGCCGCUCAGCCUCGUCAAGAUCGACAGGCCAACCUUCAAGCGCAUGAUCGGCAAGCUCGACAUCGCCAAGAACUACAACUGA